AUGGGACGACGACCCAACCCGCUGAUGGCGGAGUUCUUUGAACGCGGUGCCAAGAUCGGUGAUUCCUCGAACCGUUAUGAACAGACCUGCAAACGAUGCGGAGAGCACUUUUCGCGAGGCCGCACUGAGUCCAUGGUCACUCAUCUGACCAAAAAGUGCACGGCUGUGUCUCAUGCCGAGCGGACCAAAAUCAUCCUGCGCCUUCACGAUCUGGCCCUCCCAGAUGUCCAUCCUUACAUCGACCCUAACUACAGCCCUCAGACGGCUGAGAAUGAUCCAACACUGGCGAAGCAAGACGAGCGCAGCAAUGCUGCUGUUACAUUGCCAUUUGGUCAGGAUGAACAGAACUUUGACGGCUUGAAUGUCCUCGCCGAGGCUUCUCGUCGUGUUGGUAGCAAUGCGCGAGGCAACACUAGUUCCACUUCUAUAGAUCGAGAUGGUCACCCUACCCAGAUUGCUCGACCACAUGAAGACGCACCACUUGAUCCUCGGCUUGAGGCAGGUGCCUUUUCUCGUUCUCUCGUCCAUGAUGAUGGUAUAGAUGAUCGUGACAAUGGUUUGUCUACCUUUCAAACCGUCUAUAUAUCUUUCGGAAGGCCAAACACUAAUCUACUUUUCUCAGCCUUCUCCGCUAGCACGACUGCAAGCCUUCCACCACUCUACCAUUACAUGAGCAAUAUACCUCCAGCUCCUCAAGGCGCUUUGACUGGUCUUCCUCUUGUUAGCACCCAUCCACAAGAUCUCCCCACAAUUGCAGCUACAGCACAUGCGACCAUUGGCAAUGGCUCUAUUAUGGACACCGAUUUGGAUAUGUCAGAUGAUGUCCCUUCUACACUUCUCGGAGAACUUCAUGAGAAUGGCUUUCCGCAGGGUCGACAACCAUAUCCGUGGCAGGCAAUGCUUGGGACACAGCCAAUGGAACAGCUGGCCAUUCCCACUCAGCCUAUCCCCGCACUAGAUCUGCCAACCCUUCCUCCAAGAGCAAUAGACGGCUUACCCUCACAAAACGGUGAAUCCGUGAGCCAACAUUUGAGACCAAUUGCUAUGAACCCGAUCCGACAACCAGAUGCGCUCUCUGAGGACGCAGAACCGCUCUCACAAGCCCCAAAGCCUAAGGUUCGUGGCAGGUUUGCACCUGAACGCCGUAAGGAAGUCCGGGAAAUUCGAAAAGUUGGUGCUUGCAUGCGAUGCCGCAUGCUCAAGAAGACGUGCUCCCAAGAGACACCAUGUCAGACCUGCGCUGCUGUUGAAAGUCCUCGCCUGUGGAAGCAUUCCUGUGUGCGUACCAGACUCAGCGAGGUCUUUCCACUCUACUUCCAUGGGCUGCAUGGAGUUCUGGCCUAUCACGAAGUCAACAUGUUGAAGACCCGAGUGCGUUUUACAUCCUUUCCCGGGAGGAUUGAAUGCUCCCACUUCGCAGACCAGAAGAUUGUAAUGAAGGGCCUUCAACCGGACCCGGACGCCCUGCCAGAGACAUCAACCAGACAUCCAUACCCUAUUGAGGUAGAAGAUAUGGUCGUUAUGGAUCUCGACACGGACAAUCUGCUCCCAAAGGUCGAGCGAUAUCUUCAGGCCAUUUCCUCAAAAAUCGUGGAUCAGGAACCAUCUCUUGUCAUGCGGGCAAGUCUCCAGAUUGCGCAGACUAUCCAACAACGCCAGCAAAGCAGCGUGUCCACUGAGAAGCAGGAUAAUCUCGUCUCAGACGUCAUCGAACUGUGGGUAGCAACGUCAAUACUCAUCGACCAUAAGUUGAAAGCUUCAUUUGCAACAGACACUGGUCUUAGCGAUGGACGAGCUUUGAUCAGCGAGACGACCAAUGAGUUUUUCCAUCAUCUCUUGAGCCUACAGCUUCGAGCGGCGGUCGAGAAACGCGCCAGCAUCGUGUGCAGAAGUGUCAUGAACCACUUCGAACAGCGUGUCUUGUCCCGUCGCGGGAGCAACAAUUUCGAAACAUUCUUGAUUGCAUUCGUCUUGCUCAAUUGUGUGGAGCGCAUGUGCUGGCUGUAUCGAUUCUGGGAUUUUCGCAGCCAAGAGGUUAAGUGGCCACUUGAUCAAAAACCAGCACACUAUGCAGAGAAGGGCAAGACUUUUGCGCAGAUGAUCCUCAUGAUGAUCAAUAUGCGACAAAUGGAGCCCAAGAUUAAGGUCGACCCACAUUCGGGCUCAAUUGCUACUUGCAUCAGUUCUGAUACUGCUCUUGCUGAAUGGCUUGCAGCCACAGGAUUCACCAGGGACCUGGCAGCACAUUUUGCACUUGGAUUGUUCGACGCGGAUGACAGCAGAUCCCUGGAUGGAGUAUUUUCCGCGCGUUUGCUCCAGGCUCCAGGUCUGCCGACUUGA